AUGCUUUUGCCAAGUAUUGGAGGAUUUAUUGUAAAAAUUCGUGGUAAUCGUCGUCGUCAAGAUUUACUUCAUAUGGAUAGCGAAUUAUUACGUACAAAAAAUAAACGUUUAAGAAAAACAAUUCUCGAAGAACAUAUGCCACCAGAGAUGCAGGAAGCAUUUUUUGGUAUGGAUCUGGCAAAUCAAAAUCAAGCAAAAAAUCCAUUAGAUGAUGAUUUAAUAUAUAAUGAUCAAUCAACAAUAAAUUUAAAAUAUUUAAAUAAUGAAUAUUCAAUUCAACUUGAUCCAGAUACAAUUAAAUAUUUGACAACAAAGAAAAAAUCAUCAUUAUCAUUAUCAAAUGAUGAUGAAAAUGAAAUGCAACCUAUUUUUGGUAAUGAAGAAUUUACAGAUUUAGUUGAUUAUAUUCUUAAUCCAGCUCCGAAUCCACCAUGUAAUUCAUCUGGAGAUAUUUGGGAAUUUAUUGAAUUUGUUGAUCAACCAAAUCAAAAUGAUCAUCCUUCUGGUAAUUUAAUAAUUUAA